GCUCACAGUUGACUGGAUAUUCUUCCACCACUCAACUACUCUUUCUCCUGAUUCAUCGGCGGUUUUUCGGCACUGUUUCUGUACCUGCACUACUGCGUAAAAUGAGCGAAUCCUUGGCAGAAUUGCAAGCUAAAAUGAAGGCCCAGGGCGAGAAGGUCCGUCAGAUGAAGAAGGACGGUGCCAGCCGCGAUGAUCUCAAGCCUGAGGUCGACAUUCUGACCAGCCUCCGCGCGGACGUUGAGAAGAUGAUCGAAUCUGAGGCUGAAUCGAAUCCGGCCAACAAGAUCAAUCGCGCCGGUCUUGAGGAUCUCUGCAAGCGUCGGUUCCUGUUCACACCCUCCUUCUCAAUCUACGGAGGUGUUGCUGGUCUCUACGACUUCGGUCCUCCGGGGUGCGCUUUGAAGGCUAACCUUGAGGCCCUCUGGCGUCGCCACUUCAUCAACCAUGACAACAUGCUUGAAAUUCAAUGCACUUGUCUCACCCCUGAGGUCGUACUGAAGACUAGUGGUCAUGUUGAGAAGUUCACCGAUCUUAUGGUCAAGAAUGAGAAGAAUCCCGAUGAGUACUAUCGGGCUGAUAAACUCCUUGAGGAGAAGUGCGAGGCCCUUCUGCAGGAACCUAGUUUCGAGGGUGAUCGUGAGCAGUUGCAGAAGUGGAUACGCGUGGCGGAUAGCUUGAGCGCCGAAGAGGUGGAUAAGAUCUUCCAGGAGCUUGGUAUCAAGCAGGCGAUGAAUCUCUCCUUCCCCUACCCCUUCAACCUCAUGUUCAAGACUACCAUUGGCCCUCAGGGGAACUUGGUCGGCUUCCUGCGUCCCGAGACUGCCCAAGGCAUGUUCGUCAACUUCCGUCGCCUUCUCGAGCAGAACGGUGGCAAGAUGCCGUUUGCUGCUGCUCAAAUCGGCCUGGGAUUCCGUAACGAGAUUGCCCCUCGGGCUGGUCUCCUCCGAGUUCGCGAGUUCCCGAUGGCUGAGAUUGAGCAUUUCGUCCAUCCCGAUCACAAGGACCACCCCGACUUCCACAAGGUUGCUGAUUUGAAGUUGCCCCUAUUCCCCCAGCACAAUCAGCUGACCGAUGGCAAGCUUCGUACUGAUCUCACCUUGAGACAGGCCGUGGAUAUUGGUAUGAUCAACAAUGAGACUCUCGCAUACUUCAUGGGCCGCACUUUCCUAUUCCUAGUCAAGGCCGGUGUUGACGGCAGUAUGCUGAGGUUCCGUCAGCAUCUCAAGUCCGAGAUGGCUCACUACGCCUGCGAUUGCUGGGAUGCCGAGGCCCUCCUUUCCUACGGAUGGACCGAAAUCAACGGCGUCUAUGAGCUCAAGAUUUGCACUGGUGCUCGGUACAAUAUCACUAAGGAAAUGGUCAAGGUCAAGACGGUCACUAAGAGAGUCCAGGAAGUUCCCUUCAUCCCCUCCGUCAUCGAGCCUGCCUUCGGUGUUGGCCGCAUUAUCUACACCAUCCUGGAACACACGUUCCGCUCGCGUGAGAUGGAGGAUCAGGAGCUCCGCUGCUACCUUUCAUUGCCUCCCGUUGUUGCUCCAACCAAGGUGAGUGUGUUGCCCAUCUCGAGUAACCCCACUCAGUUCAAGCCUGCUAUGCACAAGAUCACUGAUGCUCUCAAGGAGCACGGUAUCAGCUACAAGGUUGAUGACAGUGGCCAGGCGAUUGGCAAGCGAUAUGCCAGAACUGAUGAGAUCGGUAUCCCGUUCGGUAUCACCAUCGAUUUCCAAAGUCUCAAUGAUGACACUGUCACUCUCCGUGAGCGUGAUAGUAUGAGCCAGAUCCGUCUACCGAUUGCUGAUGUUGCCGAUCUUGUUUACAAGCUGUGCACUGACCGUAUGACGUGGGAGCAGGCGGCCGAGAAGUACCCCAAGUUCGACGCCCAACAUGCUUAGAGGGUGCGAUAGUUGCGGUUGCGUGCGGUUCGAUCGUUAGUAGA